AUGGCUGGCACAAGGUCCCUUGCUCUCGGGAACGCCAGCGUUCGGGGACGCGUGUGCGUCGGUAUGCGGCGCAUCGCGGUGUCGUGGAUUGCCUGCUCUGGCUCUGUAGUCGCCCGCUCUCUUCGAUCAGCGCUGGAUGCAAGCCUAGACUCGAAAAAGGAGAACUCGUAUUACUAUGCGCACCAGAGAAGGACAACAGGUGAAGAGCCAGCCCCUGCCCCUGUUCACCGCGUCAUACACCGCUCGACGUCACAGGUGAUGGACCAAGUGGAGGCAGUGUUCAGCUACCAGUUCAGGGAUGGGAGCAAGGUUGCGAAGGUGUAUGUGCCCAUGGAAGGCGUCGGCGACCUCCCUGACGACUUGAUCGAAAGCAGCUUCACGGAGAAGAGCAUGAACCUCCAGAUCCGCGGCGUGAAGCAGAACAGGACGAUGCAGCUGUCCGUGGCGGAGCUGGAUGGGGAAAUCGUUCCUGAGGGCUGCUACCACAAGAAGCUCGCCAACAAGGUCGUGGUGACACUGAAGAAGAAGCCCUCAGAAGACGGCCACUGCAGCGUCUGGACCAAGCUGAGGAGGUAG